CAUAACCUCGGGUAUUUUUCCAGACCAGUGGAAAAUCAGCAAGAUCACACCUGUGUUCAAAAAAGGCUCGCGACAAAAUAAGGAUAAUUAUAGACCUAUCGCUGUUUUGUCUGUGCUAUCUAAGAUCUUGGAGCGCUUUUAUGGUCUACAUCUACUUGGUUACCUUCAAGAACACAACUUGCUCACCAGUUCCCAAUUUGGAUCACGACCUUUCCACUCUUGUGAAACAAUGUUACUCCAACUUACAGACUCGCUACUUAAUGAUAUGGACAAAGGAAAUCUCAGCGGUAUUCUCCUUAUAGACUUCCGGAAAGCGUUCGAUCUUAUAAGCCAUGACCUCCUACUACAGAAACUUGCCAUUUAUGGUCUUAAAGAUUCAACACUCCAGUGGUUCAAGUCUUAUCUCACGGAAUGAAAGCAAUUAGUGUCCAUCGGACGUGCAACUUCAGAUCUCCUACCAGUACAUACCGGUGUUCCACAAGGUUCAUCACUUGGACCACUUCUCUUCAUUUUAUUCAUCAACGACAUACCACUUGUUAACAAAGAAUGCAAUUCCUACAUCUAUGUAGAUGACACCACCUUGGUCAAGUCAGGGACAUCCAUCAACACCGUUAGAUCACAUCUACAAACUGGUGCUGACAACCUAAGUAACUGGGCCUCCGAGAAUAGAAUGGCCAUCCAUCCCAACAAGACUAAGGUCAUGCUUAUUGGAUCACGACAAAAACUUUCAACCAUCAACGAACCGCUCAAUGUUUCUAUCUGCGGAACCACCAUCUCCCAAACAACCUGCGGAAAACUACUUGGUGUGCACAUGGAUGACUCACUCACAUGGAACACCCAUAUUUCUCACGUUAUCAAGAAAUACAACAACAAACUUGAACUUGUGAAACGAGCCAAACCUUACCUUACACCCAAGCUCCUCCUUCUCCUUUAUAACAGCAUAGCAAAGCCAACACUCGAGUACUGUUGUAGCGUUUGGGGUAAUUGUAGUACAGACGCUCUUGGACGUGUAACAUCUGCCCAAAAACGUGCCGCGAGGAUUCUACUAAACGCUGAUUACACUAUCCCAUCAAUAACCUUAUUCAAAGAAAUCAACCUUAUCCCAAUUCAUGACACCAUUCGCCACCGGAUCCUACUACAGACGUUCAAAUGCAUACAUAACAUCAGUCCACCAUGCCUCAGCACCCUCAUGGAAAAACCAACCCACCACCAUUCAACAAGAGCUAUUGCGAAUAAUAAUGUCCACAUCCCAAAAGCAAGAUCUAACGCAGGAAAACGACGAUUUUCAUUUAUAGCAUCGACCUUAUGGAACAAUUUCCCUAACGAGGCAAAGAAAAUAACAUCGCAGCCGUCAUUCAACACAUAUUGCAAGAGUUACUUUAGUCAGAAACUCGUGAGUUCAACUAAACUUAACAGCAUAAGGCUUUAUUAAGAUAUCUAAAAAUAUCAUCAGUAAUUAAUUGUUUAAUAUAAGUAUAUAGUCCAAUAAGUAUCAGUGACAGUGUAUUCGCUGUUAAGAACAUCUAGUGUUUGUUUGUUUGCAUGUUUUCUCUUUUAUUAAGACUAUAAGUUGGUUGCUUUCUUGAUGUACGAACUGCCGAAAUUCAUGCCUGCAGUUUUAGCUGAGCAUGAUCUACUUUCGGUUGUUCGUACAUGGAGAAAGUGUCAAAUACUGUCAUGUUUAUAAUGUCACUUUAGACACUUGUGAGUUGUGUGUCAACGCAUAUUUCGACUUGUUAUACUGUACUGUAAAUAUAAUUUAGACAUAGUUAGAAAAUUGCCUAAUUAGUAAAUUGGGGCUUUCUCGGGGUAUGAACAACUGAAUUGUAGUACUGGUUAAUACUUUACAAUGUACCCAUGAUUUCAUUUGUUCAUACUCCUAUAGGAAGUACUGAAUAUAGUCAUGUUUAAUGUUAUUGUUGUUGUGUAUAUAGAGUUUAGGAGGACCAGAUUGGAAAAAAGUUGUAACUUUAUCUGUUUAUCCUCAAUAAAUAAAGUGUUAAAGUGAAAGUGAAAAGUGAAUUGAUUUUAGCAUGACUGAUCUCAUGCAAGGAUGGGCACAUGAAUAAAUUUAAGCAAACAAUUGAACACAUAAACAACGCCAUUUAAUAAGCAGUUGUUUUGAUUCAUUAUGCUAGUCCUCAACAUGUCCACCGUUUCUUUCCAAACAAACUUCCGCUCGCCUGAGCAUACUGAACACCGCACGGCGAACCAUUUGCCUGUCCUGCCUUAAACCUUCCGUUGCGUUUCGAAUUCUUUCUUCCAAAUCGCCUAGGUUUGCCGGUGGUGUGAGAAACACUUUGGAUUUUUUCUUGUGGGGAUACCUCAAAUCCAAAGUGUUUCUCACACCACCGGCAAACCUAGGCGAUUGUAAAAAUAGCAACCAAUAUCAAAUACAAUACGAUUUAGGGUGGUAAGAACUUGUUAGCAUUAAGCAUGCUGAAGUGCCUAGCUUAUAUAUACAAAGUUUAAUUUACCAUUAAAAUUAUGUAAUCUGCAUAAUUUUAAUAUUGCACAUUUACACCCUUAGCAUUGCAUGGUACCAUGCAAUUCAGAAUCUAUAUCUACUUUAAGUAUGUGGUACAAUACAAUGCUAAACAAAAAUGGUUGUAAUAUAAUGUUAACCAUUAACAAUAUGAAUCUGCAAAGACAUUUUUUAUCUAAGAAGCAUAAAAAAUAGGGGAAAAAAGAUAAAUGCAUAGAUCGCAUCACACAGUGGUCAUGUUGCAGGAAUAAAUUUGAUUUUGCAGAAUAAUACUGGUAAAUUUUUUAUGCAAACCAGUACAUUUUAAACCACUUGGUAAUUGAUCUUUCUUGGGUUUAUGCUACUUUUAUUGCUGUUUACGGUACUUUUAUUGCUGUUUACGGUAGUAUCUACUUAACCAAGCUUUAAGCACCUUAUCGUGAGAAUAUAUAUGUGACUGAAUGUUGCUCAAAUGUUUUGUAACAACUUCAAAUUCAAAACCUAACUGGGUUAUUCUCUUUGUGAAUCAGUUGAAAUAACUUGUAAUGGUGUCAGCAUUGGCUAGUAUUUGAAGAUGAUUCAACAAUUGUAAUAGAACCUCAAAGAUCAGUAUUUCGGUUGGGUUCCACUCUUUCAAUUUUAGUAUCCAUUUUCUUUAUAAAGUCUUUCCCACUACCUAUUUUUGUCAAUAAAGAAUGCUUAGAUCUUUUUUGUGAUGGGCCAGGGGAUAACACAAAUUGUUUAUCAGGUAACAAUUCUUGCUCUCCAUAAGGCUUUUCACAUUCCUUGCACAAACAACCAUCCUGACAACCAUGUGAAUUUUUAUGACAAGGACAUCUCAAUGAAUAUGUGUUUGACUUUGUAUAAACGGCUUUUUUUGUGGUAUUAAGUUUUGCAUUUUUACCACACAAACACUCCAGAAUGAUGGAAGAAGAGUCGGUUUCCUCCCUAAGAGUAUUAGAUAUUAUUCUCGCAUAUUUGUUCAAUGUUGAGACUAUGUUAAUGGCAUCAUAUGUCCAACCCCAAAUUGGUUAAAUGCAAGAACCAUUGGCACAGCAUCUCGCAUAAUCGAUGGUGUUAUUAAUAAGACAUGCAUUGUUUCCAUAGAUGCAAACAGUAACACAGUAUAUUUGCGAAUGCAAGAGGCAUUGUAUUGCCGAGCUCACCCAUAAAAUAACCUGACUGUCUGAACAAUUGUUCCUCAGUUUCCAGCAUUGUCGAAAGAAAGGCUUGUAUCUAUCAGGAUUAGUCAUCCACUCUGUAACCAUCAAGGUGCAAAGCUUUUGAGCAAUGUCAGGAGCAGACAUGUCAUGAUUAAUACCCAUAUUUUCUGAGAGAAAUGAUCUUGUUGUUGAAUGAUCCUUUUGACUAACAAUAUUUUGUAAUGCUAAGCUGAAAACUAAUUUUAAUGAAUGUUUUUUCAAGGUUUUUAGUGAUUCUUUGAAUUCCAUGAAACAAGUCUAAUUUGACCAAUGUAGCUUUACCAAAAAUACUCUGCAACAUAAAUUUCAGCCAAAGUUUUCUUUAUAGAAACUAUUCGCUCCAUGAGUUAUUUUAACAUCUCACAGAGAUAGGAUAUAUCUGGGACUGCUGCCAUGACAAAAUUUGGCCAACAUCAUGAGGAGCAGAAAAGAGAAUUCCUAUAUUUGUCACAGACUUAAAUGUGUGAUCACAGCAGUCCCGAUCAUCAUUAAUGUUAACAUUGUGCAUUCUUUGCCUAAAGGGAAGUUCAUAUCUCCAAAAGUAUUGCAGGAAUGAUGACAGCAAAAGCUUCUUUCUGUAAUGUAAUUUGUAUUCGUGUGUUCUGUUGUAAUAUGUGUUCGUCCAAGUUUGCAAUAUAAUUGAAUGCUUGUCCGUGCUAUGUUUAUAAUUUGACAUGCAAAUUGGGAUAGACUAUAAAAUAAGCCUAAUAUAUAUGUUGUUGUUGUUCAAAUCUGGUCGUUGUAAGACAAGUUUAAAUAAAUGUAUUAAAGCUUAUGAAUUCUCAUUCUGUUUGUCUUUUACCUACAACAGUGUAAUAUUGGUAGCAGUGGUGGGAUUUCCUCAUAUUAAUACAGAAAUUUCCUCUUGUCUGGUAAAGGACAGUUAAAUUAUAGUAUGGGAAGUGAGUUGCAAAGCGAUGAAUUUAAUAUGAAUGGGUCAAACAUUGGUGGCGUAAAUGAACACUCCUUUCAUGAGGAAAGUUUUGAAGUUCUUUAUGGCAUGUUGAAGGACCAAAUGGAGUUACUACAGGAACAAAAACAAAUUCAUUUACAGCAAGCAAACUAUACGAACGACCUUAUGCAGAAAUUGUCUAAUCGCCUGCAACAAAUUGAAGGGAAACAAGAUAUUGAACGAGCAGAUUUAAUGAGGUUUGAAGGUGGCUUGGGAGGUUAUGAAAAUAGUAUAAAUGAGAACCGCAAUUUUAAUAAUCAGGCUAGGGUUCAAUUUAACUGGAUUGACGAGGCGUUGAGCAAGUUAAACGAAAGGGUCGAGCAUGUGGAAGCAGCAGGGGAACGAUUUGUGGAAGUUCAUGCAAGACUUUUAACAACUUCGUACUACGAUUUGAAGAAAGAGAUUUUCAAGGAGUUACAAAGCGUUGAUAAAACAGCCCGUGGUGGACCGAAGUCACCGGAACCCUUACGGGCAAAUUUUCGGGUGGAGUUGGUUCGCCUCUGGCAAAAAGCAAAUAUGAAAAAUCACCAUCUGCAGCAACAAGAAUUGUUGAACGUAGUCCCCCUCGAGACCACAAACCAGUGCAAAGACCGGCCCCAUAUGAUGGCUUAGCAGCUUCGGAGGUGUAUUGGGCUCAAUUCAACAUUAUUGCACAGAUAAACGAGUGGGACGAGCCUGAGAAAGUGGUGUAUCUGGCGAGUUGUCUAAGAGUACCUGCAUUAGCGGUACUUGGCAAUCUUCCCGAACGCAAUCACCAGAACCUGAAGAUGUUGGUGGCUGCCCUAAACAAUUGUUUUAGUACAAGUCAUCAGACAGAGUUGUCACUAAGGAAAUAUAAAACGAGAGUAAAGCAACAAGACAAAACUCUUCCCGAGUUGUUGGGUGAUAUAGAGCGAUUGUCAAAGUUGGCAUACCCUGAUGCUUCUUCCGACUUGCAAGACGUGUUGGCCUGUGAUCAGUUUGUGGACAGCCUAUCUGAUGAGGACACAAGUUUAAAGGUAAAGCAAGAACAUCUGAAGACACUGCAGAGUGUGCUGGAACUUGCAAUGGAGUUAGAGUCUUUCCAGUUGGCAUCAAGACAACAAUGCUAUUGAUUAGCUCAAGAAGCAACACUGGGGGAUUGUAAUGGGGAAUCACAGAAAUCAGAAAAAACGAAAGAGAUAUCCUCAUUGGGGUUGCCUGAAAAAGGUGAAGGGAAUGGUAACGAUCAGAUGAAACGAAUUGUUCAGUGUCUUGAAAAGUCUAUGGAAAAAUGUAUAGCUGGCGUCAUGGCAGCAAUUAAUAAACAACAAUGACUGUACUGAGGAACCGUGUAGAGACAACCGCUGUUGGGGUUGUGGAAGGUUGGGACAUUUGAGGGAUGAAUGCCCGAGAAAGCAAAAUAAUGAGGUUCAAGACUGUACAGGAAACGGGAAGUAGUUGGAUUUAUAGGGGAAAAUCCAGCUAGGAACGACGAAAAUAAAACUCCUUACAUUAUUUUUAAAACUGGUCAGAUUGGUGGACAGUCUUAUUGUAUCUGGUAAAAUAGAAGAUGUUCCGUGCAAGAUGGUUGUGGAUACAGGUUCAAAUAUUACAAUUGUUCAACCAGAUAUGGUGAGGAGAAUACUGAAAGUAAGAUAGUUGAUAUUAAACCAAUGGACAGUUGUUUACGUACGGUGACAGGUGACACAACUCCAGUGUGGGGCAGGGGCAGCAUACGUGUUACAAUUGGGGGUCUGGAAACAGUUCAGGAUGUGUGGAUCGUGGAAAUUGAAAACAAGUGUAUUCUCAGCGUAGACGUUUUGGGCCAAAUGGUUGUACUGUUGAUGUGAUGGAUGGAUGCCUGCGGAUUGGUGCAGAGGAGAUUCAACUUCAACACUUGGGGAGCCAGGAGAGUCAGAAGCAAACGAGGUGUCGUAGAGUCUAUGUGGCUGAGACCAUGGUGAUUCCAGCACAAAGUGAAGCUUUAAUUCCUGGGCGACUAGAAGAUGGUGAAAUCUUCUGGUGAGGUGUGGGGAAGCCUGGAACCAACGAGGAAGCAAGGGUUACCAAGUCAAAUAAUUUUGGAGAGAACUGUUGUUGAUCUACAAAAGCCGAAGUUUUUUGUUAGAGUUGUCUGAUGAAGAGAGUAGUAGAGAAGGGAAACAGAAGUGACUAGCUGCGAGUCAGUCGAACGUGUAACUUUGUUGUCAGGAAACAGCAGUGCUACGAAGCAGGAAGUUCCUGAAUUCCAUUAAGCAUUGCAAGAACUUUAUGAAAGAAGUGCAGAAGGCCUUGAUAGUUCUCAAAAAGACAAACUUCAUGAGUUGCUAGCUGAUUUUGAGGACAUGUUUUCGAAGGGUGCUCAGGACUUGGGUAGGACCUCUCUUAUAUCCCAUAAAAUUGACACAGGUGAAAGUAAGCUGAUACGACAACCACCACGUCGACAUAGAAUAAGAAAUGAAUAGAAGGGCAACUUGAGUUGGAACCUUUGAAGUUUUUGAAGCCGUGCAUGUUGCCUCACACAUACCGGAAAUUGCCUGCUCUAAUUACUCGCAGCCAGUAAAGCCAGUCAAUUUAUUAGAGAUUUGUAUUGCAGAAUGGCAAUUUGGCUGAAUAAAUCUACUAUUGUAAUUUGAAGGUUAGUGAAUACAUUUCUGUUGGUAAUGAGCUGUUAAAGAAUUGCUAAAUGCGAAAUUUAGACAUAUUAAUACACAUUGUUUACUUACAAAGUAUAAAGUACAGUAUAUUAACAUAUGAUAGUUUGGUUUAUUUAUAGGAAAAAUCCGAUGUCUUUGAAGUAAUAUUGUAGUAAUAAGAAUGAAUGUUAAUUCAUAAUCAUGAUAUUUUAAUUAAUAAAUAAAUAACAUCAAUUUCUGAUAUUGUUUGUAUUUGUAGUUCAACAUGUCAGACACAGACAGACAACUUCCCACCCGAAAUAAAUUUGAUUAAUUGCUCUUGACUUUGAAAUUUAUACUUUUUAAAAUAAAAUUUGAUGCAAUCCAAAACCUGUCCUAAUACGAUUUGACAUAAACCUCAAAAAUAGAAAUAAAUAACACAGUGUACACGAUCAACUGUACACGAUCAACAGCUCACACAACAAUAUCAAAUUUCUCCCUAAAUAUUCGUUUCUUUCUAUGCUAGCCACAAUAAUAAUUUAGGCUUACAUUGCCUCUGCAGGCAGUUGUAGUAGUUUGAUAUUCCAAUCCUUUGUUUCCAAACAAUAGUCGAUUUUGUGAUCAAAAUGUACCUUUCAUAAUACAAAUCCCUAUUGCACUGACUGGCUUUACUGGCUGCGAGCUUGAGAGAUCCCGCGUGUGCGCACUGAAAUUGGUUAUGCGUUGUACACGCGAGUUGCCCUUCUAUUAAUUUCUUAUUUGCCAAUCUCUAAGAUGGAGGAGGCAAGGAAGGCAGUCGAAAUGAUGGUAAGGGGCGGAGUUAUUGAAUUAUCUAAUAGCCCCUGGAAGGCUCCUGUUGUACUCGUGAAGAAGAAGGAUGGCACAACAAGAUUUUGCAUCGAUUACAGAAAGAUCCCUAUCUGCUACCUCGGAUCAACACAGCUCUGGAUGUGUUUGCAGGGUCAAAGUGGUUCUCAACGCUGGAUCUCAAAAGUGGUUACUGGCAGGUGAACCUCGAUAACGAAGCAAGGGAAAAGACAGCUUUUUCUACCGGUGAAGGACUGUGGCAAUUUACGGUAAUGCCGUUGGUUUAUGUAACACACCAGCUACUUUUGAGACUUUGGAAACUGUUCUAUCUGGUUUACCAUGGACCACCUGUAUAUCUUGAUGACAUUUUCGUUCACGGCAAGACUUUUCACGAGGAAAUCCAACAUCUUCGCGAAGUGUUUGGCUGACUCAAGGAAGCCAAUUUGAAGUUGAACCCAAAGAAAUGUCAACUGUUUCAGUGAGAAGUGAUAUACCUGGGAUAUAUUGUAACUGAUAGUGGAAUUGAAACCGAUCCAAGCAAGACCGAAGCAAUGAGAACCUGGCCGAUUCCCCACAACAAGAAAGAAUUACAGAGUUUCCUGGGUCUUUGUUCAUACUACCAUAAAUUUGUUCCAGCAUUUUCAGUUGUGGCUAGUCUGUCACAUAAGUUGACAGAGAAAAAUGUUGAGUUUCAGUGGUCUGGUGAGUGUGAUGAUGCUUUCCGCAAAUUGAAAGAUCUGACAAACAUGCCUAUUUUGGCAUACACACAACCAAAGGGUAAAUUUAUCCUGGAUACAGAUGCUAGUCAUUUUGGUAUUGGGGCUGUGCUCUCACAGGAACAAAAUAGCCAGGAGCAUGUCAUAGCAUAUUUCAGUCACAGUCUAAGUCGAGCUGAAAGGAAUUAUUGUGUUACACAGAAAUAAUUAUUGGCAGUCAUGAAAGCCAUAGAAAAGUUCCAUUAUAUGUGUACGGUCAGAAAUUUAUGGUUAGGGCCGACCAUUCAUCACUGAGAUGGUUAUUAAAUUUCUGCCAACCAGAAGGGCAGAUUGCGAGGUGGUUUCAGAAAAUGCAAGAGUACGACUUCGAGAUCAUUCAUCGUCCUGGGAGAACGAACUCAAAUGCAGGUGCGUUCUCACACCAUCCUUGCUAUACAUCACUUUUCGUUUUACAAAGUUUAUUUCACACAAAUACUAUACAUUAAUUACAACAAUCCGGUCUUUUACUUUACGACCUCUAACCAUUCUCACUAAAUUAGCGUUCGUCACAACAUUUUAUAACUUCGGUCCGGAAACCGUACCUACAUAUUUUCAUCAUGCAAUACAUACAAUAAUGUUAUUAACAUACUUUGGCUUGAAUUCAGCUUAUCUAUAAUGAACUUACAAUUAUCUUUGACAUACAUGCAUCACACAACUAAUUGAAAUAAGAAUAAAUGUUAUUAGUAUAAUUUUGCAAGACACAGUUUCAACAUAUUUACAGCACAUAUAUAUAUUAUAAUAAAAUUAAAGUUAUAAAUCCGACACUCUCCCCCCCCUUGACUCACCUACGAGUCAAGCAUCGCCUUAGUUUUCCACCUUGCAUCUAUUGCAGCACUCCUUUUUUGUCGCCUCUCUGUACCUUCGACCUUUCCCUUAACCACAUCCAAAUUCACCUCACCAACUUCUUUGAUUUCAUCCCCUUUCUAUACCUCAACCAGGUACAAAUGCUGACAAGGCCAGCUUAAGAGUUGCCUUCGACUAUUUGUCAUCACAUACACCUUAGCACCACGCACAACCUUAUCCUUGCCAUGAAUCAACUCAUGCACAACACCUGUCUUCCACUCCCCCCUUUUCUUGCCCUGCGCAAACACAAUGACCACAUCUCCAGGCUUCACAAUCACAGAUCCUUUCGCAGACACGCCAACCUUGUGGAACUCUGUUAGGUUUGUAAGAUAUUCCCAUUUCCACCUGUUCCAGAAGUGCUCCAAAAUUAUGGAAAGCCAUGACUGUCUUAAGUAGUUAAUCGUCAUUAUAUGUGGUGCUUUCUUCAUUAUAUGCAGUGCUUUCGUCAUAUGCGGUGCUUUCGUCAUUAUAUGUGGUACUUUUGUCAUUAUAUGCGGUGCUUUUGUCAUUAUAUGCGGUGCUUUCUUCAUUAUAUGCAGUGCUUUCUUCAUAUGCGGUGCUUUCGUCAUUAUAUGCGGUACUUUUGUCAUUAUAUGCGGUGCUUUUGUCAUUAUAUGCGGUGCUUUUGUCAUUAUAUGCAGUGCUUUCAUCAUUAUAUGGAGUGCUUUUGUCAUUAUAUGUGGUGCUUUUGUCAUUAUAUGCGGUGGUUUGUGUUCAUUAUAUGCGGUGGUUUGUGUUCAUUAUAUGCGGUGGUUUGUGUUCAUUAUAUGCAGUGCUUUUGUCAUUAUAUGCGGUGGUUUGUGUUCAUAAAUGUGGUGCUUUUGUCAUUAUAUGCGGUGGUUUGUGUUCAUUAUACAAAGGUAAUUAGCCCGCGAUAGUUAUGUGCAGUCGCAUACAAUGUUUGACCCUGGGGACGAGGUUGUGACAAACGUACUUCAUAUAAGAUUGGUAUACUUCGUUUAAGAUUUAACAACAUGGUCGACAUUUUACUCUGAAAAUCAGAAAAUGGAGGGAAUUUUGCAGCAACUUGGCUUAGCUAAUCUUUUAAGUCUGUUUGUAGACGAAAGGGUGGAUGAAAAAAUUGUUCUAAGUUCGAGAGAUAGUGAGCUUUCUCACCUAGGUACCUCAACUAUCGGUGAUCGAGUUCGAUUACGUGAAUUGUGCAAACAAUCCGUACAAGCUGGGCAAGGGCAACGGCCGCAAGGAGCCUCGACAUCUGCAGCAACAGCCUCUCAUGAAGUUCGCAAGUUAUUUCACAGUAACAGAAGAGGAAGUAAAAGGGGAACAAAACAAGCGAAAAAAAGAACUUGGACUGCUCAAGUUGUUUGUUUGGCAGAUAGAUUAGCUUACAAAGUUCCUACUGCAUCCGAAAAAAAAUUUUGUUCAAGGCUGGUCUUGGCUUAAAAAGAAUAAAAUUUGACGUUGACGAUAACGAAGAAGCCGUGGCUAAGAAAAUAACUGCGAGUGAGACUGAAGACGGCUCUGCCGAAGUUCUUGGGUUCCCUCAACUUCAAAACUGUGGUGGUUUCGAGCUGAUGCGUUGUAUUGCAAAUUGCAGGGAACUUGUUGUUAUUGAUGGAUCUUGGGCUGUAAAAGAAUUGAAGGCUAAUGGUGGUCCUCAGGCAAAAAUCUAUGUGAGGCCAAUCCAAAAAAGUCUUCCCACAAAGCUACGUGCUGCUGAGAAAACCUCCCAAGUCAAAGAAAAAUGUAUUAGCUGUGACAAAGAAUUCUUUGUACAUGAGUUGCGAAAGCACAGCUUUGUGUGUGUGUGGACAUGUUUAACACCAGUGAGGGAAGUGAAGGGGAAAGCGAUUUAGGGUUUUUAUCCACACUUAAUGAAAUGCCAGACCCAAGUGUGAACUUGGUGGUUCAGGUUGAACCUUUAGCUCAUCGUCCUCUGCAUCAGCACCCAGUAAUGAUACACCUUAUACAACAGUCACCAACACCUUGACAUCUACAGAUUCUACUCUUGGCAACAGUGCUUCAGCUCCUAUUGUUCAUCCAGAUGAAAGUGACCUGGAUACACAAGAAAAGAUAGCUGAUCAUAUUGUUGCAGAAUUAGUCUAGUACUGUUCUGCUAAUGAUAUAUCAAAUCCUGUAGAAAUCCUAUCCUGCUAUCAGUCCAUGUUUGUUCAAGGUAGAGCAUUGGAAAUCAAAGAUCCAUCAGUUUGCAAAGAAGGUGUCACAAAUGUCAUUUUUGUUGAUCGUGGAAAUGUAUUGGACACUGGAUUUGAUGAAGUUGACCAAAUCCAAAAUUUGCGAACAACAUUAGAAGUUGAAUUCUAUGGUGAGGUACAGUAAGCAAAGAUUUUUAAAUGUGCAUAUUUGUGUCUGUCUGUUUGUUUGUUUACUUGUUUGUUUGUUUACUUGUUUGUUUGUUUGUGCAUGUGUAUUAAUUUAUUAUACAAUUAUGUGUAUGUACAGUUUGUGAAGGCUUGCUCUAUCAUCUUCAUCUUCUUUAUUAUUUAGGGUGCCAAAGACUAUGGAGGACCUCGAAAAGAGUUUUUUCUUAUGAUUAUGAAUGCAAUCAAGGAGAAGUACUUUGAUAAAGGACUAAGACAGCACCUCUUUUAUAAAUAUGAAACAGUUGGAAAGAUAAUGGGUAAGCAAAAUGGUUGAUAUCUGUUGUUUGUUUCCAAUAUUGUAUGUGAUUGGUUUGUGCAUCAUUCACCUUCAUUUAAUUAUGCAGUUAUGAGAAUUCAUUUAAGGACAAAAUAAUGGCAAAUAUAGUCUGAUAGUCUUUAGUGGCAACACUCUUCCCUUGACAAGUAAAAUUAUCUGACGUUAGGUGAGUAAAAUAAUAAAGUAGGGCGUAUUUCACUUAAAGGUUAAUGAAACAAACCCACAACCACAAACUGUUUAGUUUUACAACACCUUCUGAGUCAACUUGACCACAGGGUAUAAAUAGAUUUUCUGUUAAGAAAUAGGGGGAGGGUGCAAUUCAAGAUGGGAUUGUGGUUGCAUGUCUUUGUGUCUACCAGAAAAGCUAUAUUUAGAUUCCCUCAAAAUUUAAUAUUUUAAGAUCCCCCCCCCCUACAGAUAUAUAACGACAAGAUGUUGAAACUUAGAAUGUUCACUUACACAGAGGCUGGUAUGAUAUAUUGAUAUUUGUACUUCGCAAUAAAUAUUAAUAUUUCGAAAAUAUCAAUUUUAUGUAUGGUAUUUUUAUAUAAUUAAGUGAUUGUUACCUCUGCUUAUUAUACCUUGUUGUUCACAUACAACUGUGUAUUUAUUUGUUUUUAGAUUUUAAGACAACUACCAACUUUUAGUUAUCUGUUUAACCCAGUUUAUGGUGAACGUCUUUCCAUCAGAAAAGUCAUUAGUUUGCUGAAACCGAACUUCAGUGAAGAAGGUUCAAAUUCUUUGAAGUUUGAGAAAGAGGUGUAUGCUCUCUUCAUAAAAUAUCUGUGUGAAGUUGCAGGUACAGUGAACCAUUCAAAUUGACUGUUGAGGGAUUGAAAGUGUUUGCAAUUUGUUUAUUGAUGUGGAAGAAUUGACCUGACUAUGUUUAUUUAACAAAUUCCUGCUUUGCAGUUGAUUGAUUUACGGGUUCAGAUGAACAAAUGGCUUUAUGAGUCACAAACCAAACUAGUGCAAAGGAGGAUGUGUGUUGGAUCAUGCGCUUCACAUAACCAAAUGAAUAGCAACAAUAUUUAGUAGAUGGCCCCAACUUGUAAUGCAGCAUCCCUUAUAACUACAAGUUUUUAACUACAAAUGCAGAGGGCCAGGGGGGGUUUUAAGUAUAAGGGGGAAACAGGCAAAAUGUUAGUAACUACAGUACAGAAAAAUCAACUCGUACAAAAUAAAAACAUUUUACAACCCCUGAGUUGUGCAUGUAGUUAAUUCUUGUGGCGAAAGUACAGUAUUUGCGCAUGAUAAUAACGGCUUAUUGACAGAGCGUGAGGUCUGUACUGUGAAAUAUCAGACCGAGCUUUUUUAGUACGUUUUUUCCAUGCAAAAAACAGAGGUCUGAUAUUUCACAGUACUGUACAGACCGAACAAGCGAAGUCAAUAAUCGGUUUAUUAUAUGGCUGAAGUGAGUCUGUGAGCAUAAGCUUUUCGCGCGAAUUAAAUCGGCUAUCAUCAGUUUCACUGGGUAACAAUAUAUACGGUAGGCAUGCAUGUUCAAUCAAAAACAAUUUGGUUGUUUGAAUUUUUUAUCUGUAAAGCACAAUUGGAAAUUUAAAGAGCAAAAUUUUUUUCUGUUUGCCGUGGUCCGGAUAUGGGUUUUUACGGACCGCUUGUCAACCAAUCAGAAUAGAGAAUUUUGAAAAUCCAUAUAAUUAUAUGCUAUAUGCAACAAUGCCUUACUCCACAAGUGAAAAUGCAAUAAAUUACAUUUUUGAAAUGCAACAAGUAUAGUGUGAGAGCCAAUGACAGGAUACCUAACCAUCCAUCACAUAAUGUAUGUCUCUUUAUAGCUGGAAGACGGAAUAACAUUUCCUUAGAGAAUAUUCUCCAGUUUGUUACUGCAAUGGAUGAAGAGCCAGUCGUUGGAUACACAAAACAACCUUCACUUGCGUUCCCUGAAUUUCAGUCGUCAUUCUUACCAACUGCAAAUACCUGCAUCAACCAACUUAAUCUUCAUCAACCAUUAUUUGGGAAGCCUUUACCAACCAAUCAUAUUGAAGUCUUCGAAUUGUAUGAUUAUGCUUUCCUUAAUUCGUACUGUGGAAUGGCUUAG